UUUUCUUCAGCCACCACCAAACACUACUUUGAAGAGAAGUGAGAUAUGGCAUUGGAAGGAUUAUCAUUCUUCACUUUCACUCUUCUCCUUCUGACCCUCUUCCCUUUAACAUCAUCUUCUCCACCAAACUCUGUGCAUUCCCACACAAAACAGCCAUCACAAUUGAUGUUUCUGAAUCGCCUUCAUGGAUCCCAGAAAGGCGACAAACUGGAAGGCAUCCAUCAGCUGAAGAAAUACCUUCGACAUUUCGGCUACUUGAACGAUGUUCAAAUUCAUUCCGAAACAAUCGACGAUGACUUCGAUGAAUCGUUAGAGUCGGCCGUUAAAACAUAUCAAAAGAAUUUCAAUCUCAAAGUCACCGGAGCUCUAGAUGCCGUGACACUAGCUCAAAUGUCGAAGCCUCGAUGCGGGGUUGCAGAUAUCAUCCAUGGCAAUACUUGGAUGAGAUCAAGCAAGAAAAGAUAUCAACCUGGACAUGGAAGAGGCCUUUUUCAUACAGUUUCUAAAUUUGCAUUUUUUGAAGGAAACCCUAAAUGGCCUGCUUCAAAAUCUCAUCUCACUUAUGGGUUCCUCCCUGAAACUCCACCGGAAACGGCAAGUCCGAUCGCUCGAGCUUUUGCGACAUGGGCGGCCAACUCUCACUUCACCUUCUCACAAGCUUUGAGCAACCAAACUGCUGACAUCAAAAUAGGGUUUGAAACUGGAGAUCAUGGAGAUGGCUAUCCAUUCGACGGCGUUGGAGGAGUGAUAGCCCAUGCGUUUUCGCCACCGGAUGGUCGGUUUCAUCUCGAUGCAGACGAGUCUUGGGCGGCCGGUGUGGUUUCGGGUUCGUUCGAUUUGGAGACGGUGGCAUUGCAUGAGAUCGGACAUCUUCUUGGGCUUCAACACAGCUCCAUUGAAGGGGCUAUCAUGUGGCCAUCAGUCCCGGAAGGAGAUUCCAAGGGUUUGCAUGCCGAUGAUAUUGCAGGCAUUAAAGCUUUAUAUAACAACACUCUUUGAAGUAUGGGUUACGAGAAGCUUAUAAGUAAUAAAUACUAUAUUCUUUGUUCGUGGGCCGCAGAGAAUGAGUCGAGAUUCGAUUAAGGGAAGACUAUCCAAGAUCUCUAUGGACCGAACUGUCUCACGGCGUUCAUAGCCUAGCAAAAUUUUUAGGAAAAGCUCUAUGAUGUAUUUUGUUCGAAUUCAAAAAUUUAAUGAUUAAUU